AAAUUUUUUCUCCCUUCAUUCCUAAGAUGACUUUGCCUUAUUUAACGGAUGAUUGUAUUUAUUACAUUUUACAACACCUUCAAGAUGACCGUUUAACUUUAUUUAAAUGUUUAUUAGUUAAUCGAUUUUGGUGUAAAUCAACUAUUCCUUUGCUUUAUGCAAAUCCUUUUGCAAAUAUAACCGAAAAAAAUUAUUCAAUAACCCUGACCUUAAUUUUAUGCUUUAAUAAAGCAGAAAUUUUACAAUUGAAGAAUCAACUAGGAUCAAACCAGAUUAAUAAUAUUAAUUUUGAUAAAGAACACAAACCUUUAUUUGAAUAUCCAAAAUAUUUAGAAAAUUAUAAUAAUAAUACAAUAAGUUCUGUUAUUUACAAAUGGUUUGUUAAAUAUGUUUCAGAUUUAUCAAUUUUUAAAAAAUUAUAUUAUGAGAUUAUUCCAAUAUUUCUUCAAUCAAUUUUACGUCAAAGUAGAAACAUUAAACAAUUAGAUAUUUCGAUAAAUUUAUUUUAUAAAGAAAGUUUUAAAAAUUUUAAUUUUCAAAAUUUCACUUCAAAUUUAACAAAAUUAAAUUUAUUAUCAUUAAAUUUUCAAAAUUUUCAACCAAGUGGUACUGAUCAUAGUACUGUUAAUGAAGAAAUUGAACAAGAAUUUUUAAGGAAUAUAACAAAUAUCUGUACAAAUGCUAGCAAAUUACUAAUUAAGCUCGCAAGACCAUAUCAACAUGACACUUCCAAUGACUUGAUCAUUACUACUACUACUUUAGAAAAGCUUUGUACAAUUAUUCAAGUGCAAAACAAACUUAAAAUGUUUAAGAUAUGGGAUUGUCAUUCUUUAUUAAAUGACAUUCUUUUGUCUUUAGAAUUUCAAAAGCAUUCUUUAGUUUAUGUUGAAUUUACAGCAUGCGACUUUAGUAAUGUUAGUUUAAAAAGAUUUAAUUAUUUAUAUAAUUUAGAAUAUUUAAAAUUUGAAUAUUGUAAAGGUAUAUUAUUAAAUCAAUGUGAGAGUUUAAAUUUUUCUUCAUUUAAGCUCAAGGAACUAUCAUUUAAACUCAAUUAUUGGAAUGUUGAUGUCACAUCUUUAAUGAUCAAAUAUCUAGGUGCAUCAUUACAAAGAUUAUUAGUUGAAACCCCAACAAAAUCUCUUAUUGAAAAUAUAUCAAUGUAUUGUCCAAAUCUUAUUUUUUUAAAAAUAAGAAUUUGUUUACGUGUUGAUUUAUCAGUGAUACAACUUUUUAAAAAUUUAAGAACGAGAAUAUUAAGUAUUACUACUCUUUAUGAUACUGAUAAAUUUUUUAUAAAUUUAGCAAAUAAUAUAUCAAUUAAUAUUGGCAAAAUUUUUUUAUUUAGUUAUUCUCGUAAUUCCAGUAAGUUUUUAAAAUUUAAGGAAUUUUUAGAAAAUUGUCACAAUAGGUUUGAAAUGAUUAGUUUAAAUUAUAUUAUUGAAUUAGAAUUUCUUAAGAUUGUUUUAAAUUAUAUUGAAAGAAGUAACAAUAGUUUAAAAGUUCUUGGUAUGAUGAAAUUGGGUAAAGAAUUAAAUGAUGAGGAAUUAAAAUUAUUGAAUCUAAUUAAAGCCAAAGGAGUUGAAAUAGUUCAUUAUAAUACUAUCUAUCACGAUCUAUGUAAAUUUGCAUUUUAAGGCUCUUGAGAUAGUAUAUUUUAUUUUAUUUACAAUUUUUAUUUUAUAUUAUUUUACUCAUU